CCAACCACCACCUGAACUCCGUGGUGCUUGUGAGCCGCCAUGGCGCAUGUCGGCUCCAGCCGCUUCGGAGGCGGCAUGGCCUGGGCACCAGCACGGCUGACACCAGCAUGGAGGGUACAGACCUUGGUGCCGCAUUCCUUUGCCGGUGCAGUCCUCCGCGGUGGUCCGACGCGACGCCUGGCGGAAGCGGUCACCAUCGACCGGAUGCGCAAGGAGAUCCGGAGGAGAAGAAGUACGAUGGAAAAACUCAAGGGUUGGCGCUACGCGCUGACCUUGUCUGUCUUUGCCGUCUGCGCUGUGGCCUGGGCCGUGCGGCGCCUGCGGGGGCGCUUGGGGAAGAGCGGCGCCUUGGCGGCGAGCGCUGCCGGGGCCUUUGGCUUCGUGGUGGCUGCGCGGCGGUGGGAGUUGAAGACCAUCUCCACUGAAGAGCUCCUCAAGGCCUUCUUCCCCGGCCCGGCCGCCGAGCUCUUCGCGCGGCUGCCGCAGGCCAUCGAAACGCUGAAAGGCCGCCUGGGAGCAGAUGAGCUCUACAUCGCUGAGAAGGUGGAUGCCUUCCAAAUUGUGAGGCGCCUCAUUGAGCUCUCCUGUGGGCAGCGCAAGCCCUAUAGCGAGGCUCGAGCUCUCUUGGACCAACAGAGUAGUGUCUCUAUGGAAGUGGAGCCCGAGAAGUUGGCGCUGGGCCUCCAACUGCUGCCCUUUGCUGAAGCCACCUAUGAGGUGGACGAUGUGGUGAAGGAAGUUUGUCGCGAGCGUCACCAAGAGGUCCUCAUCCUGGAAGGCGUCAGCAAACCUGGCUCCCCAGCACACUUCCUUUGCUUUAACCACGAGAAAAAGUUGGCGAUCCUCUCAAUUCGAGGCACGAAAACACCGGCGGAUGCCCUGACGGAUUUGGCGGGGGACAUCGAGGAACGGAACUUGGAGGAUGGCAAGAAGCUGUCAGCACAUAGCGGCUUCCUCACAGCGGCAGACUCGGUGCUGGCUCGGGUCAAGCCGGUGAUCAGGGAUUUACUGGCGCCUUUGGGCUACUCCCUACUGGUCACCGGGCACAGCUUGGGUGCCAGCACCGCCUCCCUGGUGACACGCCUGCUGCGUGCUGAGAUGGCUUCGUGGGGGAGUGAGGGGAUCUCCUCGGUCAGCUGUGUGGCCUUUGCUCCGUGCCCCUGCAUGGAUGCUAAGAAUGCCUCAGACUGUGCCAAAGCAAGCGAAGGAGGAGAUGCACCCAUGGUGCUAAGCUUUGUGUGCAACGACGAUGCCGUGCCGCGAAUCAGCAUGCAAAACCUGGGGCGCCUCUCUUUGCUGGGCAAAGGAGCUUCCGUGGAGGAGGUCCUGCAACUGGCCUUGGCAAACCGGCGCCGGAGCUCGGAUCAGCACGUGCCCGGAGCCGUGGUGGUCCUGCACCAGACCGAGGAGGCUGACUCGAAGAAGGAGGGCAGCCUCAGCAAGUGGACUGCCUGGCGCGGAAAUGCUCCAGAUUUUCCAGAGAUGGGAUAUCUGGAGCUCGCGCCAAAGGGCAUUUCACAUCAUAUGGCUCCUGUAUAUCGAGAGGCUCUGGCGGUGGUCGCUGCUGCGCGUGGCGUGGCGGUGGACGUGGCCCCCAAGGCUGAUGAAGUCUUCGAGGACUGGCUGGGGCGGUACGCGGCCUGCGCCGAUGAGAAGGCGUGAGAAGGUUCCUGGAACGCGGUUGGAACGGUGCCAAGUGUGUCAGCAUUCCAGAACGUCCA